ACUGUGCAAGCAUUGAGAUGUCUCACCCUUUUUGACAGUGUUUUUCAGUUUUGCCUCACGACAAGUAAUUUGAUUUCGAAUGUACGCUUAGCAAGCACUUUUGUAAUGGAGUGGAGUUAAAGCUAAAAGAGUCAGGUAAUGGCAAAUCAUGGUAUCAAUGCAGAGGGGAAGCGGCUUCCACGAAUGGCUGCCACUCUAAUGAUGCGCUUUACCGCUGAGAGGGAGCCCACCUUUGGCAUCCACGGAGCCAGUUUCAGGCCUGUCACCCCUAACAAUGAGUUUGAAGAUUCUCCAUCUACCGCAGAAGAGAGUCAAUCCACCAUCCCAGAGUUGCGCCACUUUGUUGAGACUGAGGAAUCCUCUGCUGUGAAACAACAUACCCUAGAUGACCAGUCAUUGGAGUCUCCACCCCAAGUUGAGGACCUGGGCUCUGACCCAGAAUCCCCUUCUGCAUGGAGUCUGAGCAGUGUUACAGGAGGUGAAACCACCCUAGAAAUCCUGGAGGACAAUACAGAUGGCUCUCUUCGGAGGGACCAGAGAACUGGAGUGCAGUUCACAGACUGGCACAAGUGUCGCAUAACAGCUGUGUGUACUGAGCGUUUUGACAAGCUGCUCAGAGAAUCCCCCGAGUACCACAACACUAAGAGCUGCUUCGCUGCUUUUGUACUGGAGAGAGAGGUGCUUGACACAGGUGGGCAGUGCUGUGAGGAAUAUGAAGUGGUAGCUCUGGGAUCAGGUCAGAACUGCGGCAGUGGUUGGCUUUCUUACACAGGAUCUGUCAUCCAUGACUGCCACGCCAUUGUCAUCGCCCGCAGAGCCCUCAAAAGGUACUUGUACAAGCAGCUCCUGCUGUUCUACAGUGCUGAUCCAGAGCUGAAGAAGCGCUCCAUACUGGAAAAUGUUUCAUCUGAACGACUGCUUCAGCUCAAGCCGCACAUUUACCUUCACUUGUACACUAACAAAGCCCCCAAAGGAGCAGCUCAGUGCAUAGUUUUGCAGUCUCAGAGCAGUGCUUACUCCACUCUGAAGCUGCAGUGCCAUGCUAAAGGCUCUCUCAUCCCUGCUGCCUUCCUGCUUCCAAGCGUGUGGGGUGCUCGCAUCUGUUGUAUGUCUGACAGUGCCAAACUCACCCGUUGGACUGUCACAGGAGUGCAGGGGGCGCUACUGAGUCAUUUCAUCAACCCAGUCUACAUUACCAGCAUUGUACUUGGCGAUUCCAAGUACUGCUCAGAGAAAGUGUCUGAAAUCAUUAACAAGCGUCUGGGCACAGGCUGGAAUAAUGCAGUGCCUCCUCCUUUCAAACAAACCACCAUCUUCUUCCUGAGUGGAGAGCACGUGGGACCUGAUGAGAACACAGACCACUGCAAAGACCUCAGCAUCAACUGGUGUUUGGGAGACUCCAGUAUUGAGAUUCUGGACAGCACCACUGGUUAUGCAAUCAACAAUUCUCCAUUUGUAAGCGGUCCUGGAUCAUCCAGCAGGCUUUGUAAAAGAGCAUUGUACUUCUGCUUCAGAAAAGUCUCAGCGCUGGCAGGCCACCAUGACUUUUUGUCAUUCACUACAUACCGCAAAGCUAAAAUGGCUGCCCAGCUGUAUCAGGAGACCAAAGCUCAAGUCUGUAUGCAGUUCUUGGCCAACAAUGCUGGACCAUGGAACUCUAAACACUUGGUAGAUUGCUUCAGUCGUUAAAUGACAGGUUGUACAACCCUUGAAAUUCACUUUGGUUCCCAGACAUUUCAGGAUUUUGAUGUUCAACGGAUAGUCAUCUUUCCUGUUGAAUGUUCCAUUGACGUUUGAAGAUGUGUUCAUAUACAUGUUCCUUAUCAGAUAUCAGAUAUUCACUUCCACUGGAAAAAUUUCUGUUCUAAAAAUGGAAGAGCUUUACCAGCUAUUUUGACCUGAUAGUUCAUUAGUGUUUGUGUGGUUAUUUUUCUUUUGCGUUGUUAUUUUGAUUCUGUGAUUUGAUGUUUUAUUGUUUAUUUGACAAGAAAGAUUGCGGCGAAGAGACUUUAUGUUGGCUUGCCAUACCUACAUAUAAAUAUUAGAGUUCUAUUACAAGCCCAUUCAUAAUUUAUGAUAAAGAAUAAAAAAACAUUG